AUGGCUAUUCAAGUGACAACAACUACUACUAGAAGUAAUGGAGGAUGUGUUGCUACAGUUCCAUUAUGGUUAAUUAAAGCUGUCUCUUUAAUAGCAGCAUGUAUUGUUCUUUAUGUCUUUUUGUCAUAUCCAACUCGUGUUGCCCAUUUCCCAAAAACUGCUAUUCUUUUUUUGAUAACAGCUGGCUUUUUACUUGGAUGGAGUUUAAGAGCAAUCUCUGGAAAUUUUUUCAAUAUUGUUUAUGUAAAUCAUUUCUAUUAUUGGGUCCUUGCACUUUUAAAUAUCUUUGCACUUAUUAUGGCAAUUAUAAAUCUUGCCAAUGAGGGUAAUACUACUUGGAAGAAUAGUUUGAUUCUAUUAACUGUUUCUUUCACUGCUUCAACAAUUGCUUCUCUCAUUGUAUUGAUAUUUUUAGUGGGUGGAAAAUAUACCAUUGUUAAUAAUAAUUUGUAA